AUGGAAAGCAUAGCAUUUUACAUUGUGCAGUAUAUCUUGAUUAUAGUUGCAAUUUUUACUAAUUUACUUGGAAUUUACUGUUUGUACGCACAAAAACAAAGAAAGGACAAUCAACGUAUUUUUUUGUACGCACUUAGUUCAUGCGAAACAUUAUUGGAGGUGACCUGGAUUGUGAUAUGGGCCUUUGAAAUAAAACCUCCAAUGAAAAUGAUGAAUCUAGCCCUUUCCGCGUCAAUGGGAUUCCGAUUUACAUUCUACUUGAUAAUGCUAUCAAUUACAUUAGAUAGAUUAAUAUGUGUUUUGCUUCAUAUAAAAUAUAACUAUUACAUCACAAAUAAAGUUGUUCGUAGAGUAAUGUAUGGUUGUUACUUUGCUGGCCUGACACUCAUAAUAACGAUAUAUCUUGGUAAUCCUUUCGUAUUAUUUGUAGGGGUAUCAUACGCUCUCGUAGUUUGCGACGGUUUGGUGUUCUUAACAUUUCUUUUUUCCUAUGCUUGGAUUGGAUUAAAAUUAAAGCGUCAUCGAAAUGACUUAUCUCAAAAUCAAAACAAAAGAUCUCUAAGAAAGCAACAUGGCAUUCCAGCUUUAAUUAUUAUUUCGUAUAUUCCGUUAUAUCUCAUACCAGAUUUGUUGUUUCAGUUUAAAUUUUCUGGAAUUGAGAAAUGGAUUAUUACCAUCCUCUGGAGCAUUGCUUUUAUCCUAGACCCUAUCAUAUACACGUUUCUAGAUCAACGAACCAGACAUGUAGCAUUGAACCUAUUUAAGUGUUGCUCCUCCAAAAUUAAUACUACAGGUGUCUAUUGUAAUGCCAAUUUAGAUUCUAAAGUGUAA